AGUGCAAGUGUGAGCCAGAGACAAUGAGUUUUCUGAGGCUUUUUUGGGACACGGGCAUCCAUUGUCAUAAUGCAAUGCAAGUUCUUUUACAAGUUUUGGUUUUCAAUGCCACCGUUGUGAUGGUUUUGUAAGACUGUGUUGUUAUUUUAUGAUGCUUACACAAUUUUGACAUUACUAACUGGUGUGUGUUUUAAAACCCCCAGUGCAAAAGUAAUAAAGGCAUUGUAACAAAUUGUUCAAGCAAAGCGUUUGAGGAACCUGAUAACUUCAGUGUUAAAAGCCACAGCUCACGCCACAGUUAGUCAGAUGAGCGGCUACAACUGAGAACUGUCCCGUGUUCAACUCAAGCACCUGUCGGCGUGUAAGUGUAAAAGAUGUCGAAAGAUGGGAAUAUUCCGCAAAGUGAGCUGGUGUAUUUACCACCCCCAACAUCGGCAGAACUGUACAGGGAGGAAGGGCUGAAGGAAAAGCUGCUCCGCAAAACGAAGGAAAAUCCAUUUGUUCCCAUUGGUGUGUUAGUGACUGCAGGAGCCCUGGGAUUUGGUUUGAAAGAGAUGAAAGCUGGUCGCAGCAGGAAUUCACAGAAACUGAUGAGGCUGCGUAUAUUUGGCCAAGGAUUUACUGUUGUAGCACUUUUAGCUGGAGUUAUGUAUGGAACCACAGGAAAGCAAAAAUGACGAAAGUACGUUCUUAGCCUGGGCGUAAUUCUGCCAAGAGUUUGUUAGAAGUGUGCAUAUGUAAAUGAGUGUGUUGAAUUGAGCAUUGUUUGUGCUUUGUCCGUGAAAGACAGGUCAAGCGCGAUCUGGUUAGCCAGCAUUAAUAAUCAAUGCACAAUUCUACAAGAAUGUGUGUGUAUUUGUGUGUGUAUCCUAUUUUGUCUCAGAUUAUCAUGUUAUCAAGAUUAUAGUGUGUAAAUAAGUAUGUACUGUUAUGAGACUGUAUGUGAUACAACUAAGCCCUUUGCAAAGAGACAACAAAUUGCUUUCUUUCACAUGUACUUAAACAAAAAUGUGGAGUUCUUUGAACAGGGACUUACCCAAAUAGAAUUCUAAUGUCAACAAUUUUGAUUUCUUUAGCAACCCCAUAGUACAUAUACUCUAAUUCUUCCAAUUUUUGGGACAGUUAGUUAGUGUUAGUAGUGAGGAAAAUAGAAUAUUGCAUAUUAUAUAUUCGGAAAUGUAAAGAUAUGAAUACGUUGUUCAUUAGGUGAUCUAACGAUGGGAGAAAAAAGAUGCUCAAUAUUCCUGCUACAAUUACAUAAAUAUUGGCUAUAAUGAGCAGACCCGGUUUCCCAAAAAUUAGAAGAAAUAGGGCAAUGAGAUAUAAUGAAGAUUUGAGGUACACAGUAAAAGAUAUUGAAAACUUGUAUUGUGUUUUGCAAUAACAUGUAAUACAUUGGACUGGAUCUGAGGUAACUACCAGUAAUUGGGCUUCACGUUGUUAUUUUCUCACCGUGUAUUUUUAACUUCAGCCAUUCACGUAACAAAGGACCCAAGUGCAAGACGUCAGACAUUUUGUGGGAUGUUAUAGCUGAUUACGAAUUUUCACUCACCAAUAAACUAUAGACGCCGA